GCCGGUAAAGGCCGGAAUUUCUUGGCGUUUGUUCGGACGAAGAAACCGAGGCGCAAAGCCCCUCUUCCCCGCCCCGUUUAUAGAGCCUGGUGCGCGACCGUCGAGUGUCGACGUCGAUGAGACGGUCGGGUUAAUCUUCUUGGGUUUUCGCCAUGAUUCCAGUAUAAUUCCGGGGAGCUUUUAUCAAUCCGAGAUUUUUAGUAUCCGGUCUUGAUUGCUGAAACCACUCGGCAUAAAGGGAAAGCAACGACGAAUUCUAGUUGGAGUUCAAAACCCUCGAGUGAUUAGAUUUUGGGAGUGAUUUAGUUCAAGCUGAGGUGUAGAAAACCCUAAAAAGAGGAGGAUGGCACGGACGGGGAGGUUAAGGGAGCGGCUCCGGUGGAGCAAGCUCUACUCUUUCUCUUGCAUCCGUCCCUCCGUGCUAUUAGAUGGUGAGGCUCCCCAUUCUCUCCAAGGUCCUGGGUACUCUCGUAUUGUCUACUGCAACCAACCCCGAGUCCACCGCAAGAAGCCUCUCAAAUACCCUACCAACUGCAUCUCGACCACCAAGUACAAUGCCAUCACCUUCCUUCCGAAAGCCAUCUUUGAGCAGUUCCGGCGAGUUGCCAACCUGUACUUCCUCCUUGCCGCCAUGCUAUCCCUCACCUCUGUCACCCCCUUCCACCCCGUGAGCAUGAUUGCUCCUCUGGCUUUUGUUGUUGGGCUUAGUAUGGCAAAAGAGGCAUUAGAAGACUGGCGAAGGUUUAUGCAGGACAUGGAAGUUAAUAGCCGGAAGGUCAGCAUCCAUAAGGGGGAGGGGCAGUUUGGUUACAAGCAUUGGCAAAAGAUUUGGGUUGGAGAUGUCGUCAAAGUAGAGAAGGACCAAUUCUUCCCUGCCGACUUGCUUCUGUUGUCAUCUAGCUAUGAAGAUGGGAUAUGCUAUGUCGAGACUAUGAAUUUGGAUGGGGAGACAAAUUUGAAGGUCAAAAGAUCUUUGGAGGUAACUCUGCCCUUGGAUGAUGAUGAGGCUUUCAAGGAUUUUAGGGCCGUCAUACGGUGUGAAGACCCAAAUCCUAGUCUCUACACUUUUGUUGGUAAUUUUGAAUAUGAGCAGCAGGUCUACCCUCUUGAUCCAUGUCAGAUUCUUCUCAGAGAUUCAAAGCUUAGAAACACUAACUAUGUCUACGGAGUUGUCAUUUUCGCUGGUCAUGACAGCAAAGCUAUGCAGAAUGCAACAAAAUCGCCUUCUAAAAGAAGCAGAAUUGAAAAGAAGAUGAAUAAGAUCAUAUACAUCCUAUUCACACUUCUUGUAUUGAUUUCGCUGAUCAGCUCAAUUGGGUUUGCAGCGAAGACAGAGUCUGAGAUGCCAGAUUGGUGGUACUUGCAACCACAUAAUACCACUAACCUGUAUGACCCAUCGAGGCCUCAGCUAUCUGGCAUCUUCCAUCUUGUUACAGCUCUUAUUUUAUAUGGAUAUUUAAUACCAAUUUCGCUCUAUGUAUCAAUUGAACUUGUCAAAUUCUUGCAAGCCAUGUUCAUCAACCAAGACCUUUACAUGUAUGAUGAGGAGACAGGAAUUCCAGCACAAGCCCGGACCUCAAAUUUAAAUGAGGAGCUUGGGCAAGUUGAUACAAUUUUAUCAGACAAAACUGGCACUUUGACCUGCAACCAGAUGGAUUUCUUAAAGUGUUCCAUUGCGGGAGUUUCGUAUGGUGUGGGUUCUAGCGAGGUGGAAAUGGCUGCAGCCAAGCAGAUGGCGUCAGAAGCUUCCAAUGCACCAGAGCAGCAUAGCAGCAGUCAGGAUUUCUGGGAGGAUGGUAGAGGUGGUUUUGGAUCUUCAGGAAUUGAGCUGGAAAGUGGGAUCAAUUGUGCAAUUGAAAAGCCACAAAAGCCUAGAAUUAAGGGUUUCAGUUUUGAAGAUGAUCGUCUCAUGCUCGGAAAUUGGACAAAGGAGCCCAAUGCAGGUACCAUUCUUCUGUUCUUGAGGAUACUCGCUCUCUGCCACACGGGAAUUCCUGAGCCAAAUGUGGAAGCUGGAGGUUUUACCUAUGAAACGGAAUCACCAGAUGAGGGGGCAUUUCUUGUUGCAGCCAGGGAAUUUGGAUUUGAGUUCUGUAAGAGGACUCAAUCAAGCGUGUUUGUCCGGGAGAGAGAUUCUUCUUCCGAGAACCAUAUAGAAAGGGAGUUCAAGAUUCUCAAUUUAUUGGAGUUCAACAGCAAAAGGAAGAGGAUGUCAGUGAUUGUGCGGGAUGAGAGGGGGCAGAUUAAUCUUCUGUGUAAAGGUGCAGACAGCAUAAUUUUUGAAAGACUGUCAAAAAAUGGAAGAAUGUAUGAGAAGGAUACUAGUAAGCAUCUAAAUGAAUAUGGAGAAGCAGGUUUGCGGACGUUGGCACUAGCAUACAGGAUGCUUGAGGAAUCUGAGUAUUCUGCUUGGAAUACUGAAUUUAUUAAAGCAAAAACCACUAUAGGGCCUGAUAGAGAAGCUCAACUUGAGCAAGUUGCUGAUAUGAUUGAAAGGGAUUUGAUUCUUGUUGGUGCAACUGCUGCAGAGGACAAAUUACAGAAAGGAGUCCCACAGUGCAUAGAUAAAUUAGCACAGGCUGGUCUUAAGAUCUGGGUUCUGACAGGUGAUAAGAUGGAAACUGCCAUCAACAUAGGAUUUUCCUGCAGUUUACUUAGGCAAGGCAUGAAACAAAUUUGUAUAUCCACAAUCAACUGUGAUUUGGUAACGCGGGAUGCUAAAAAGGCUGCAAAAGAGAAUAUUUUGAUGCAAAUCACUAAUGCUGCACAAAUGAUCAAGCUGGAAAAGGAUCCUCAUGCAGCAUUUGCUUUAAUCAUUGAUGGAAAAACUUUGUCCUAUGCCUUGGAGGAUGAUAUGAAGAACCGGUUUUUGAGUUUAGCGGUUGAUUGUGCUUCUGUCAUAUGCUGCCGAGUCUCCCCAAAGCAGAAAGCACUGGUGACUCGGUUGGUGAAAGAAGGUACAGGCAAGACUACUUUGGCAGUAGGUGAUGGUGCAAAUGAUGUGGGCAUGAUUCAGGAGGCUGAUAUUGGUGUUGGUAUCAGUGGAGUAGAAGGAAUGCAGGCUGUGAUGGCUAGUGAUUUUUCCAUCGCCCAGUUUCGAUUUCUAGAGAGGCUUCUUGUUGUCCAUGGACAUUGGUGUUAUAAGAGGAUUGCCCAGAUGGUCUGUUAUUUCUUCUACAAAAAUAUAGCCUUUGGCCUCACACUAUUCUACUUCGAGGCAUAUACUGGCUUCUCUGGGCAGUCAGUGUAUGAUGACUGGUAUAUGCUACUAUUCAAUGUCAUUCUCACGUCGUUGCCUGUAAUAUCAUUGGGAGUAUUUGAGCAAGAUGUUUCUUCUGAAGUCUGCUUACAGUUUCCAGCAUUGUACCAGCAAGGACCGAAGAACCUUUUCUUUGAUUGGUAUAGGAUAAUUGGCUGGAUGGGCAAUGGUCUCUACUCAUCCCUAAUUAUAUUCUUUCUGAACAUCAACAUUUUCUAUGAGCAGGCAUUCCGUGCAGGGGGGCAGACUGCUGACAUGGCCGUUGUUGGAACUGCCAUGUUCACCUGCAUCAUCUGGGCUGUCAACAUGCAAAUUGCCCUAACAAUGAGCCACUUCACAUGGAUCCAGCACCUCUUUGUGUGGGGCAGCAUUGCUACAUGGUACGUCUUUCUGGUUGCAUAUGGAAUGUCAUCGCCAUUGAUCUCUGGGAAUGCCUAUCAGAUACUCCUGGAAGCCCUUGGACCAGCUCCUGUAUAUUGGGUUGCAACACUUAUAGUAACUGCUUCAUGCAAUAUCCCAUAUCUGGCCCACAUCUCCUUCCAGAGGGCAUUCAAUCCUCUGGAUCACCAUGUGAUCCAAGAGAUCAAAUACUAUAAGAAAGAUUUGGAGGAUCAGCAUAUGUGGAAGAGGGAGCGGUCCAAAGCAAGGCAAGAAACUAAGAUUGGUUUUACAGCACGGGUGGAUGCCAAGAUCAGGCAGCUGAAAGGGAAGUUGCAGAAGAAAUCAUCAACAUUGAGCAUUCAAACGGUGUCAUAACAUCUGUCAGAGCCUAUCACUGGUCUUUUUUAUUCUUUCUCUUCUUUUUUUUUUCCUUUUUUGCCUCGUUAGUAUUUUUUUUUGGCCGAGGCUUAAUUUUCUCACCUUUUCAUUUCACCAGUUCCAUUUCGUAGCAAUCUACAUAUGGGAGGUUCCAUAGUUUCCCCCAUUAUAGAGAGUCGGCCUUUGUACAAUGCUUAAUGUCCGUGUUGAACUGAAGUCUUGUGCAAAUAGUUGAGAUGUGUGUAUAGAUACAGUUUUGUUUCUUGGCUAUUGGCUCUAUAGUGUGUUGCUGCUUUUUAUUUUUCA